GAUCCAUCCAUCACACAAGUCACGACGAGUACCGCGAGCGCUCAGCAGAGUCUCGACGAUUACAACCCGUUUGAUACCAGUCAAAAGCCAUCGGCUGUGAUGCAGCCACAGGAGCCACCACCACAGCAGCCACCGCCUCAACAGCCACCGCCUGCAGCGCCGAGCCAGCCAGCUAUCGUGCCGACGUCGUACAGUCAGCCACCUCCUCCGUACAGCCAGUCUGGAGCCCAGCAUGCUGACACGGCUGACUUUCAGCGAAGGCAAGAGGAGUUGGAGCAAAAAGAAGCAGAAAUCAGAAGGAGAGAAGAUGAAAUAAAUAGACAACAAAAUGCAAGUCUUAGAAGGAACAAUUGGCCACCUCUGCCAGCGAAAUGCUGUGUGCAGCCAUGCUUCUACCAAGACAUUGCUGUAGACAUACCGUUAGAGUUUCAGCGUCUAGUGAAAAUAUUUUAUUACCUAUGGAUGUUUUAUGCUGGCACAAUGUUCCUCAAUGUACUAGGAGCAAUGGCCUAUCUGUUCACUGGUGGAAGUGCAGCAACGUUUGGCUUAUCUAUUCUCUUCUUCUGUCUGUUCACACCAUGUUCCUUUGUAUGCUGGUACAGACCAGUCUACAAGGCAUUCAGGUCGGACAGCUCAAUCAAUUUCUUCAUGUUUUUCUUCAUAUUCUUUUUCCAAUUCGUCAUCUCGGUCAUCCAAGCCUUGGGUUUCGAUAACUUUGGCACAUGCGGCUGGAUAAAUUCCCUGACCCACACCAACAAGAAUAUUGGAGCCGCUGCAUUUAUGCUUAUCAUCAGCUUUUUAUUUUCCCUGGAAGCCGCAGGAAUGAUUAUUUUCCUGAUCAAGGUUCAUCGGCUUUACCGCGGCACGGGAGCUAGCUGGGCGAAGGCACAGCAAGAGUUUGCCACGGGAGUCAUGACCAAUCCAGGCGUUCAGACUGGCAUGUCGUCAGCUGCUCGCGGUGCAUUUACCGGCGCUACGGGCUCUGGCGGUGGUGGCGGAAGCAGAUUCUAAUGACGACGAAACUCUAGCCGUGCGGAGGAGAAAUGCGAUGGCUGUUCGGUGUGAAAUCUUUGGUCGAUUAGAUGUGUCAUGACUACUGUUCGUAGCAGAACGACGUCUUGUUGAGCACUUAUAGAGCUUGUCCUAUUAUAUUUGGCCUGCAUAUAUGUGUGUGCGUAUAUAUAGACUGUUUACAUCACCUUCCAUUGGGUAUUUCUCUUGCAAUGACUACUGACCAUUGGCUGCUUGGUGUUGAGGCAUUACUCCCUAGAGUUAGUAAAUAAAUGUAAGUAGCAUACCGGUUAUGAAUAAGGAAUUUUAUUAAUUGAACUGCAUAUAUUUAGCUAGUACAAUUUACUAGACCGUACAGUUUUCAUGUACCCACUUGGCUACUUAAUUGGCCUGUUGUAUGCGUGUGUAAUGGUUUACCUGGAAUAAUCUUUUUGAUUCAAAUCAAAUUGACUAAAACAUAAAUGUAACUGUAAUCACUGCUUUUUGUCGUAAGGGUGAAAGAACAUCUCCUAUACUACUGUUAUUUAUAUAUUCAUAACUAUUUUUGUAUAUCAAUGCUUCAGAUACUGACCAGAUAUAAAAUACGCUAACUUGAACAAAUGUGAAGUAAUGAUUGACAUUCGAUUGCGGUUAUGUUAAAUAUAUUUCAAAAUAGUGUUUAAUAUUGGCGACUUAAUUUGCUUCGUAUAUUAUUGGUCAGUUAAACGUUUUGUAGCUAAAACAUAGUGGAUUUUCCCCAUUUCUCUUCCCCGUAUGGUAAUAUUAUAAAGGAACUGAUAACGCAAAGCUUAUGAGAAAUGUGUUAUACUUGAAUUAUGUCUCAGAGACGAUAGACAGAUAUCAAACGUUUCUCCAGGUAUUAUUACCAAGAAUAUAUAAGAUACGGUGAUUUAGAAAAGCCAUGUGCAUUUUACAGUGUUGUAUUUGUUAAUAAAUACAUGGAAUAGAAAUUUCUGGUUGUAAUUGUAUUUGGAUCUCGGUACAAGGCACAGGUAUACUUUUGAGAAGUUAAUAUUCACAGUUUACCUAGAAAAACAUCAAUUAUUUGACUUGCAGAGAAAUAUGGGUUAAAUAUAAUUGUGCCAUCUCAUUAGAAGUUUGGUUAGCUAGUUAAUUAUUAAGACCAUUGAAAGUUUUCCAACCAUCACUUCUUUUUAGCAUAUUAGCUUGCAAGUUCGGUACCUUAUUUUGUGGUUAUGAAUCGGACGAAUUGUGCGUGUAAAUGCUUUCCCAGUGCAUGGGCAAGUCAAAAAUGGCUGUCAUGUAUGAUAAUCAAGUUUCGUAAUAAAAUUGCCUGUUAUUAUUUA